GGUGUGACCCACGAUGUCACGCUGCGCCCCAGCCACCAGGAUGUUUAACACAUGUGCAGGGUGUGCUCUUCCAGCUGCACACAUGUCCCCAAAGGGGCAGUGCUGGCAGAGCACCCUGGCAAUUUUUGGGGGUUCCCGGCACCGUGGCAGUGCUGCAGGGGCAGAUGCCAGCGCCUUGCCCUCCCCUCGGUGGCUCCAUGCAGGGCAGGGCAGUGCAAGGAAUGCCAGCAGCACUUGGGCUGCUUGAAUCAUGGCAAAAUUAUGCUGGGGAAGCGAGGGCUGGAGUGGCGAGCCUGCGGCCAAGGCUGCUGGACCCAUUUCACAGCAAAGCGCUGCGCCGCCUUCCUCCUGCCGGGGCCGUGCGGGCCGAGCGGGGGCCAUGGCUGCGCCUGACCCCGAAGUCUGUGGGCUGCAGAAAGGCAUUUUUGUGCGGGAGCCAGGGCAGGAGAGCGGGGAGGCAGAGAGGGAGAGCAGCUGGGAAGGAACUGCAGCAACAAACACAGGCGGAGGCUCUCGUGGAGCCUCUUUUUUCGGGGACAGCUACGUGGAGAUGCCGCUGGCGGACGCCUCGCGCACAGUGCGGCUGCGGCUCCAGCUCUACACCAGCCAGGGCAGCGGGCUGCUCUUCCUGGCUGCCGGGCAGCCCGACCACCUCCUGCUGCAGCUGCGAGCCGGCACCCUGCAGGCCAGGCUGCGGCUGGGCUCGGAGGAGGUGACGCUGCAGUCGCCAGUGGAGCUGCAGCUGGACAACCUGGCGGUGCACGAUGUGGAGCUGCUGGUGGAGGACGGCAGGAUGACGCUGACCAUCGACGGCCUCUUCAACAGCUCCGUGGACAUCCCGGGGCCCGUCCGGGAGCUGGACAUUCAGUACGGCCUCUACGCCGGUGGCACCGGCGGCCUCAACCUGCCCUACCUCGCUGGGGCCAGCUCACCCUUCAGAGGCUGCCUCCACUCAGUGACGUUCAACGGCCUGGAUGUCCUCUCCCCGCUGUCCUCCGAUGGCAGCUCCAAGGUCUUCCAUGAGGUGCAGGAAGGCUGCAGCAUGCAGUUCUCUGCCGAGCCCGAGGACCCCUUCGGGUUCCUGGGGCCACAGUCGUACGUGGCGUUCCCCACGUGGGACGCGAGGGAGGAAGGGACCGUCGAGUUUGUGGUCACCACAGACGUCACCCACGCACCCCUCAUCUACCACGCGGGCACAGAGGAUGACUUCUUCUACCUGGAGGUCUCCAACGGGCGCCUGAGGGGCUUUGUCAACAAAGGGAACGGCGUUGUCGUCCUGCACAACAACGUCUUCAUCAGCGACAAGCAGCAGCACUACGUCAAGGUCUACACAGGCACCCACAAGCUUGAGAUCCUGAUCGACUACUAUGCCUCCUCCACGUCCAACCGGGGCAUCAACAACUACCUGGACCUUCGGGGAAACCUCUUCAUCGGAGGGCUGAACGAAAAGGCCUUGCAAGGGCUGAGAGCGCACCGCCUUGCCUUCACAUCGGCGGGCACCAUGAGCAACACUUCCUUUGUUGGCUGCUUGGAGGACCUGCGGAUAAACCUGCAGAGGAAGAGCCUGCAGGAUGCUGUGCUGACGAAGAACAUCGUGGCUGGCUGUGGGAAGUCGGACCAUGACUAUGAGGACUACGAGGAGGCGUACGAGCAGGACGAGGCGCCCACCUCCCCUCCGCCGGACACCUGGCCAGCGGUGGAAGCGUGCCGGCCGGACAGCAGCUUCCCACCCGCCUUGGCCAACAUCAGCAGGCUGCUGCAUGUCAGCCCCCUCGUCCUCUCUGAAGGGGGCACGGCCUAUCUGGAGUGGAAACAUGUCCAGCCGACGGUCGACUUGAGCCUUGCAAACAUCCGUCCAUCCCAAAUCCUCUUUACCCUCGCCGGCGACCCUCGGCACGGCCAGCUGGAGCUGGACGUCCCCGGGUCCAGGAGCAGGAAGAAGUUCACCUUGCUGGACGUCGUGAAUCGGAAAGUCCGGUACACCCAUGAUGGCUCCGAAGCACCCAUGGACCAGCUGGUGCUGGAGGUGACAGUGGCCGCCCAGCAGGGCGUCCCCGAGUGCCUGCGGCAGGGGCAGAAGUACGUGCUGCCCAUCAUGGUCAGCCCCACCAACGACGCCCCGCAGGUGAUCUUCCCCCACGGGAACCAGAUGACCAUCCUGACACACACGCGGAGGCACCUGAGCACGGACACCCUGCAGGUGCUGGACGACGACACCUCCUGUGACGACCUCGAGUUCCAACUGCACGGCAGCCAGCGGCUGGACGAGGGCUACGUGGAGUACGACUUCCAGCCUGGCGUGCCCAUCGAGGAGUUCUCCUGCAGGGACCUGGAAGCAGGCAACGUAGUCUAUGUGCACCAGAGCGGGACAGACUUGCAGCUCACCUUCCAGGUGAGCGACGGCUCCGUCCCGAGCCCCGUUGCCACCCUGAGGAUCCUGGCCAUAGAGCCCAACAUCCGCCUGCGCAACAACACCGGCCUCUCCGUCUCCCAAGGAGGGGCUGCGCGCAUUUCCACAGCCAACCUGUCCGCCGAGACAAACGCCGUGAAGCAACGGGUGUCCAUCCUGUACAGCCUCACGGAGCCCCUCAGGUAUGGCGAGGUCCAGAAACAGGGGAGCACGGGAGGGGAGUGGAAAAGAGUCGAGUCCUUCCAGCAGCAAGACCUGGAGCAAGGGCGCAUCCAGUAUUUCAGCACAGAUCCAGAGCACCGGCUGGAGGAUGUCGUGGAGAAGCUACGAUUUGACGUCCAGGUGGGCCAGAAGGUCUUGCCAAACAACACUUUUCUCAUAAGCAUUAAAAGAGCCACCAUUAAGAUGAAGACCAUGGUCCCCCUCCAGAUGAAGAACAAGCGGCACAAAAACAUCACCAGCAAGGAGCUGGAGGCGAUGCUGGAAGACCCAAACUCUGCCCCGGUCCCUUUCCGCUAUGUGAUCAUCCAGGCCCCCAGGAAGGGAAACCUGGAGCUGCUGGGCAGCAGGCUGACCGAGGGCUUCGCAUUCACCCAGGAGGACCUGCAAAGAAACCGCCUGAGCUACAGCGCGACCGUCAGGAACUCCCAGCAAGCUGAGGACGCCUUCCAGUUCCACGUGCGCGCCGGUGAACAGCACUCUCCCGUGUACACCUACCCCAUCAGCAUCGGGGGGGACCCUGACGCGCCAGACCUGACCAACGUCCUGCUGACGGUGCCGGAGGGGGGCCAGGCUGUCAUCUCCAAGGACCACCUGUUCGUGCAGAGCCUGAACAGCAUGGACUACCUCUACGAAGUGAUCGAGGGGCCAGCCCACGGGAGGCUGGCGUGGGCCGCGUCCCUUGGCAGGGCGUCCGGCGAGGAGAUCACGGAGUUCACCAACGACGACAUCCUGCACCGCCGGCUGCUGUACCAGCACGAUGACUCCGAGACGCUGGAGGACGACAUCCCCUUCGUAGCCACCAGGCAGGGCGAGGGCAGCACCGAGCCUGAGGCGGAGGAGGUGAGAGGGGUUUUCAGGGUCUCCAUCCAGCCUGUCAACGACCAUACCCCCGUCCGGGCGGUGAGCAAGGUGUUCAACGUGGUGCGCAACGGGCAGCACCUGCUGACAACGGACGACAUUGCCUUCACCGACAAGGACUCGGGCUUCUCCGAUGUGCAGCUGGUGCUGGCCAGGAGGGACAUCUUGUUUGGCAGCAUCGUGUCCGUCGACGACAGAAGCCACCAGCUCUAUCGGUUCACCCAGGAUGACCUGAGGAAGAAGAAGAUCCUCUUUGUCCAUUCCGGGGCUGACCGGGGCUGGAUCCAGCUGCAGGUCUCAGACGGCCUCCACCAGACCACGGCCCUCCUGGAAGUGCAGGCAUCAGAGCCCUACAUCAAGAUAGUCAACAACACCGGCCUUGCCAUCCCCCAGGGGAGCCAGGGGAGCAUCGAUGCCUCCGUCCUCAGCCUGGAGACCAACAUGGACAUCAGGUCAGACGAGGAGAUACGGUUCCUGAUCACCGCCCCGCCGAGGUGGGGGGCCGUGCUUAGAGGGGGGCAGCCGGUUAUGGCUUUCUCCCAGAGGGACCUGCUGGCAGGAGAGGUCUCCUACCGCCACAACGGGAGCAGGAACGCCCGGGAUGAGCUCCAGUUCACCGUGGAAGCAAACGAGGUGGCGGUGGAGGACACGCUGGCCAUCACCAUCUUCCUGGACACCCACCCAAGCCCCCUGCACGUUGUCAACAACAAGGAGAUACAUGUCUUCCAGGGGGAGGCAGCUGAGAUCAAGCAGGAGCACUUACUGGUGGCCCAUGAAGAGAUCCCCCCCCAGGACAUCGUCUACCUGGUGAGCAGCCCCCCGGCCUCCGGCUUCCUGGUGAUGGUUCAGCACGGCCGGGACUCGGACGAGCCACCCAGCCUCGACCCCGUGCAGUCCUUCACCCAGGAGGACAUCAACAGCGGACAAGUCCUCUACCUGCACUCCAAGCCGGAGGAGGAGCGGGACCACUUCGUCGUGGAUGUCACAGCGGGGGGGGCAGACCCCCUGGAGGGGGUGGCAGUGAGCCUCAGCGUGCUCCCCGCCACCAUCCCCCUGGACGUCGGCAACAUCACGGUGCCGGGAGGAGGCUCCGCCAUCCUCUCCACGGCCGUCCUCAACAUCCCCAGUGACUACUUCGUGGCUCGUGGCGUGGAGUUCAGGGUGCUGGAGCCCCCCCGCUUCGGCACCCUCCUGAACACCAAGCGGCCCGAGGAGGGGAGGCUGCAGAGCUUCACCUGGAGCGAGGUGGAGAACCAGGAGGUCCAAUACAGGCAGGACGUGGCCCGGGCUCGGGCCGACAGCUUCACCCUGGUGGCCAACGCCUCCGACAGCGGCCGGCAGAGCCAGCCCCGCACCAUCUUCGUGGCCAUCGCGCCCCGGCGCACGGCGGGGCCCCGGCUGCGCAUCAACGCCGGGCUGCAGCUGCGGAAAGGUGCCACGGCCACCAUCGGCCCCCAGACCCUGCGUGCCGAGGACGAGGACAGCCCGGCGGCGGAGGUCACCUUCUCCAUCCAGCCCCCAGUCAAUGGCAAGGUGGUGCUGAGGCCGGCGCCCAGCGUGGAGGUGCGGCGCUUCACCCAGGCGCAAAUCGACAGCGGCCUCGUCCUCUUUGUGCACCAAGGGCCCCUGGAUGGAGGCUUCGCCUUCGACCUGUGGGACGGCGAGAACCUGUCCCCUGGGCACUUCUUCCUCGUCAGGGCGCAGGGCGAGGAGCUCAGCCUGGCCAAGAAGCAGAGCCUCACCCUCUGCCCAGGUGCUCUGCAACCCCUCACGAGUGAGAACCUGCAGGCGGUGAGCAGCAGCCCUGCCAGCCCCACGGCCCUCUACUACAGCAUCGAGCAAGCCCCGCGCCUUGGCCGGCUGCGCACCGCCCGCGGGGACGAAGUCAGGAACUUUACCCAAGCCCAGGUGGACGGCGGGAUGAUCUUCUACCAGCACGAGAUGCCACAGGAGCCCUUCUGGCUCGCCCAGGACGCCAUCCGCUUCCGCGUGGUGGCUCCGACCUCCAUCUCUGACUCCUUCAUCCUGCUCGUGCUGAUAUCAUUCGAGGCGAAUUGUCCCCAGCGCUCGACUCAGUUAUGGAGAAAUGCAGGCCUCCGGCUCGCCAGGGCUGAGCGGGCAGAGAUUGGCACCUCGCUGCUGGACGCGUCCAACCUCCUGAGCCAAGUCUCGGUCCCCGAGAGGGCCGCGCACGAUGUCGUCUUCCUGGUGACGGGGCUGCCUCUCCGCGGGCAGCUCUCGGUGGCCGGCGUGGUGCUGGGGCAGCCGCAGCCCUUCUUCCUGCAGUCAGACCUGGCCGCCGGGCGCCUGGCCUACACCCACGGCGGGGACACUGCCUCUGAAGACCGCUUCCAGUUCCAGGCUUGGCUCCGGCCCCAGGCGCAGCAGUCCCUCCGUCCUCCCCGCCACGGGGCGCUCAUCUCUGAAGCUUUCAACAUCACGGUGAGCGGCGGCGGCGGGAAGCCACCACGGGUGGUGAAGCAGCGCCGAGCACUGCAGGUCCUGCACGGCUCCACCGUGACCUUGUCCCGGGAGUACCUGGACGUGGCCGAGCUGGAGGGCUCCCCAGAGGACGUGGUCUACACCCUGCUCCAGAGACCCCUCGCUGGCCACCUGGCCAACGCACACAACCCUCAGGUGGCCAUCGAGCGCUUCACCCAAGCAGACAUCAACGCCGGCCACGUGGUGUUCGUCACCACCACCAGCAGCAGUGUCCCCGAGUCCUUAGCCCUGAGCCUGUCUGACGGCCACCACCUGGCCGCCCUGACCUCGCUGGAAGUCGUGGUGCUGCCUGCAGCGAGCCCGGUGCCACUGGAGGUGCCCCAGGAGGUGAACAGGGCCACCCUGACCCCCCAGCACCUCCCGGGGGAGGGCGAUGCCCUGUACAGGAUCACCAGGGACCCGAGGUUUGGCCAGGUGCUGGUCAACCAAAAGCCGGCGCAGGGCUUCUCGCAGGCGCAGCUGGACCACGGGGAGGUGACUUUUACCUUCACCCAGCUCACCUCUCCCCAGGACAGCUUCCAGUUCCUCGCCACAUCGCGGGGAGUGAACAGGAGCGGGGAAGUGAACGUCACCGUCCGCGCCCUGGUGACGGCUCGGCCGGGGAGCGUGUGGCCACGGGGCACCACAGCCCUCCUGGACACCCGCAUCCUCGACGCGAGCGAGCUGGCCAACCGCACCAAGAGCGUGCCGGUCUUCAGGAUCCGCGGGUCGCCCCACAGCUGCCGGCUCGUGAGGGUCUCGGUGGACCCAGGGCAGCCCCCAAGCCCGAUCGAGACCUUCAGCCAGAGGGAGCUGGAGCAGGGGCUGGUGGGGCUGGAGGUGCUGGACGCCGGGGACACCCGCCAGCACCCGCAGAGUGACAGCUUCCUCUUCGAGGUGGCGGCUGCCGGUGUGCCACCAGCGCUGGCAGCCCUGGAGUACAUCACCGAGCCCUACAACGCCUCGAAAGCCUACGGUGUCACCCUACUUGUGGCCCCGCCAGCGCCGUCGUCCCCGGUGCCGUGGCCCCAGGGCACAGCGCGGAGCGGCCCCAACGCCAGCGAGGUGGGCAUGGUGCCUCCCAGCGCCUGGCCGGGCCCCGGGGCCACCGCCAGCCCCAGCCCCGUGGAGGGGGGCACCUUCCUCAGCUUCAUCGAGGCCAACAUGUUCAGCAUCAUCAUCCCCAUCUGCCUCAUCCUCCUGCUGCUGGCCCUCAUCCUGCCGCUGCUCUUCUACCUGCACAAGCGCAACAAGACGGGCAAGCACCACGUGCAGGGCACCCCGUCCUCCAAGGCGAAGAACGGGGCUGUGCCGGAGCAGGAGACCUUCCGGAGGACGGACCCCAACCAAGGCAUCCCCCUAACGACUGUCAACUCCCUGGAGGGCAAGGGCGCGGGUCCCCCGCCUCAGGGCACGGGUCCUGGGGUGCCACCAGACCCCGAGCUCCUCCAGUACUGCCGGACAUCCAAUCCCGCCUUGAAAAACAACCAGUACUGGGUGUGAGGGGCUCAGGCGUGGGGGGCACAAGCGGCCGGACCCCCCCAGACCACCCCAGAGCAUCACCAUCACCGCUGCCUCCUUCUGGCUCGCCUCCUCCUCCCUGGGAGCCGGCACCGCGUGGGUGCAGGAGGACCCUGGGGAUGGGGGGGCUGCCGGCGUGGCCCACCCAGGAGCCCCGAAUCUCCAGACAGCUUUGGGCAGGGGGGCACUGCAAGAGGGGAGGGGGGGCAAAAGUCCGGCGCAGCGCUGGGGUGCUCGCCGGGGACACCCAAGGGUGCUGGGGGGAAGUGGGGGGGCCCGGCGCGGGCGAGCAGCUCUGGGCGCGAGAGGGAGGAUGACGAGCGGCUUGCACUGAGUCAGGCUUGGGAUGAAGCUGCCCAAAUCCCCCAGGGCUAGGCGGGCUGAGGCACUGGAGCAGAGGCUCGGAAAAACCCCGUGGCCAACGCCGAGGGACUCCAAGGGGUCCCCACCCACUUGGAAAAAAAGGCUUGGAAGCCGGAAAGAAGAGCAGGACACGGGACCUGACAUGUUUUCCCACUGUAUACGCCAGGAUGGCAGAAGUGCAGGGAAUAAAGUGCCUUUUCCCGAGGGGCAUCCCAAAA